UUAAAAUUCGCAAGGCUAUUAAUUGAAUUCAAAUCAAAAGUUGGCGCGGGGUUUUCCGUACGUGUGAAAUGACCAGCCAAACGCUCGGCUGUCGAUCGAUAUGAUCUUUUCAUUGUUGUUGUUGCGUAUAAAUAGGGACAAGUGGACGAACGAGUCCAUCAAAUCGCAUCAGUCCGUCUGAGAUCGGUCCUCUGUCGUAUUAGAUUCACACGGUUAAGUUUUCUGUUAUUUAUUUAGCGCCGACGCCAUGAAGAAUAAGCAGCAGUCCAUCAUCUUGGCAGCACUGAUCCUAUCGAUCGCCAUCUGCUGGCUUCCGUCCGUAGCCAACGGAAUGCCGAUUCUAUCGGGUGAAGUGGACGGCCGUGAUGGUCAUCGAUCUGACGCCAGUGGCGAUCGAUUAAGACGUCAAAUGGAUUACUCGGAAGACGAAACGGUCGUUGUCGAUGCUCCGGCGGAUGCCUACGUCGGCAGUAACGACGAACAACCAGCUGAUGGCAAUUUAACUUUGAGAUUCGGAUACGGCGGAUACCAGCAGCCAGGCCCGCAGCAGUACAACCCAUACGGAUGGAAUUCCUAUGGGGGCGGACAGCAGCCGUAUGCCGGCUAUCAACCACCUCAGCCUGUCCCGAAUUAUUACAAUAAUUACCCCGGAGGCUAUCCUGCCGCUCCUUACGGCCCGUACAACUACAAUUAUCCACCGGACUACAGCAACAGUAGCAACAGCACCACGACUAUGAAUCCGUUUUACAAUAAUUACGGUUACAAUUAUUAUUACCCGAUGAUGAACACGACGACGACGACGACUACAACGACAACGACGACGACGGCCAGACCGACUACCACCACAACGAGACCUUAUGGCAAUUAUUACGUCUUCAAUUUCCGAGAUGGCUCCAAUCAAACGGACAUUGACGACGGCGCUUAUAACGGUGGUGCUGCAGGACAAGACGACGAAUUCCAAUUCGGCAACCGCUAAAAGUUAAUAAAGGGUUGUAUUCUACAUGGAAAAUUCCACUUCACUUCGAGUUUUUAUUUAUGGUAUUUGAAUUUAUUUUCUAUAUUCUGUAGCUUAUACUAGUAACGCAUUGAGAAAUACAAUACAAUAUAAUUGCCACAUUUGA